AUGGACAGCAAUGAGUUUAUUGACUUUGACAUCGGCGCGCCGUGGGGCCGCGUCGCCUGCCGCUGGUACGGCAAUCGUCAGGUGCGUCCGCUGCUCGCCAUUCACGGCUGGAUGGACAAUAUGGGCAGCUUUGCACGUCUUAUACCAUUGCUGCCCGACCAUCUGGGCGUCCUGUGCAUCGAGCUGUCUGGCCAUGGUCGCUCCUCGCCAUAUCCGGCUGGCAUGCAGUACUCCGUCAUUGAAUGGACGAGCAUUAUUCGCUGCGUGGUGUUGCAUUUCAAGUGGCGGCGCGUCUCGCUGAUGGGCCAUUCGUUUGGGGCCAUCGCCUGCAAUCUGUAUGCCUCGUUCUAUGGCCAGGAUCAUGUGGAUAUUCUGAUUGCCAUCGAUCUACUCACCAUACCCUACAAGAGCAGCAGUUUCUACAUCAGCUACCUGGCCAACAGUGUGGAGCGCAUGCUUCUGCCCCCGCCAGCGCCAAAGCUCUAUACUGCUGCUCAGCUGAAAGAGACGCGCUGGGGUCCCGCGCCUACGAUCAGCAAAGAGCUGGCACUUCCACUGGUCAAUCGCUGUGUGAGGCGAGUGCCUGACCAACCUGAAAAGUUUUACAUAUUCCGCGACUCGCGACUUGCCCAUCACACGCUCUUUCCACCCGGCGUUGGGUUUGUGAAGGAGCUGAAUCGUCGCAUACGCAACAUACCCUACAUGGUCAUCAAGGCAAGCAACUCGAACUUCAUUAACGAAGGCUUCAUACCCGCCUUCGAGAUUCUGCGCAAACAGAAUCCCGACUUUGAGUAUCAUUUGGCCCAGGGCCCUCACCAUGUACUCAUCAGUGAUCCCAAGCAGCUGGCUGCAUCGGCCAGCCACUCGAUGGGAGCACCCAGGGCAGCUAAAUGGAAUAAGCAAGCUAUGAAGAGCUUAAGAGUUGCAGCAGAAGCUCCACUCUGUUCCUGUUAG